GUACCCAAAAACUAACCGUAGUAGAAAUAGUACAGUAUCCAACAAGUUCGGUAAACUUUUUAAUUCACUCGUUUAUUAAAAACUCGCUCCGCUCGUGUCAAAUAAACUCGUGAGUCAAAUACACCGCACUUGUUGCAUAAUAUACUGUAAGUCAGCCCUAUAUUAAGCAGUAGCUCCGCUCAUGCCAAAUAAACUCAUCACUCAAAUGCCGUUUGUUGCAUUAGCCGAUUAAAGUUUGCCGGAUUGUAGGGGGGAUUCAUUGCCCGGUUGACCCUGACGAGGGUUCGCAAAUAUCGUUGGCCAGGAACAAGGAAUGGAAGUAUUCAUAUGGCAAACAAACUCUCGAUUUUGACGAUUUUCUUUAUUCUACCGCGAACGUUGCAAGAGGGCGUGUUCUAGGUCGAGUCACACGGAGGAGAGAGAAGAACGCGCAGUCGCUAGUGUGCUUUGUGACCUGGGCGAAUGGUUAGGAUGUGACUGGGUAUGAGGGUUUUCCUGGUAGCACGUAACUUGGGAAGCGGUACAUGCGCCACAAAAGUAAAGAAGAGAAUUAUCUAGAAUGGUAAGCGAAGAAUCGCAAACCCUUAUUAAACAACCGGAUGAUGUUGAUAUUACCAGUGACUGGAAUUAUUUUUUAACUCAUCAUGAUAGUGAAAUACACAAAAUACCGCACUAUUUUGAUUUAAAACAGUGGACUCCUAAUAACGUUUAUCGAGCAAGGGUCAGUCAUGUCUUUAGCCCUUCACAUUUUUGGAUUGUGACACUUGAACGGGAACUUGAUUGUUUUCAUAUGUACCUUCACAAUUUUUACACAAAAAAUAAAGACCAUUAUAGAGUACCUAUUUCCCACAUCAAAAAAGGGAUGUAUUCUGUAGCAUAUACUGAGGGUUCAUACUACCGAGGUAGAAUUACUAAUGUACCUCAUCAGAUGUGCAACAAAACAUGGGCAUUUGUUUACCUACUAGAUUUUGGAUAUAUGGCCAAAGUUGGGCUGGAUGACAUUUAUUUCUUUACCAAAAAAUUGUACAGAGUUCCGCAAUUUGCUAUACGUGCGACGUUAGCUGGCAUAGGUCCAUUAAAUUUAAUUAACUGGUCCCCCGAAGUUGUUGCCCAUUUUUGCCAGUUGGCAAAUGCAAGAAAAAUAUUAAUGGUUCAAAUCAGACAAAUAGAUUCCAUUAACAAAACUCUUAUUGUCAGACUUGCAGAAUACAAUUAUGACACACUUCAGGUGGAGGAUGUUAUUAAUCAACUAGUAGUGGAUAAUAUGGCAAAGCAGCUUACAAUGAUUGAUUUAAAGGAAUUAAAACACUUGGCAAAAAGAAGGAGAGCUAUGGGUAGCAGGACUAAAAUAAAAUUUAGGUUUUUAUGUCCAUCCUUUGAUGAUAUUGAAUAUGCCAAAUUUCCUGAUGCUUUAGUGGCUAUUGAUUAUUUAAGAAAGAUGCAAGAUGAUUCUUUAUUUAGAGAUUUAACUCUCAAGAACUAAAGUAUUAUAA